CGCCAUCCUCCAGAUUCUCCCAAACGCCUCACGCGAAAUCACGCCGCCACGCUGCAGUACUCGUACAAACAAUGUGCGGAAGGUACGAUUAAAACACCCGCCCCUCUCUCCCCUUAACCGGAACGUUUCUCACACUCCAAUUCACAGAUACGCCGUCGGUGACGGGCCCGGUCACGUUCGUGAACAAUUUCAGCGCAACGGGUUACCCGUACGCCAGGCACCGCCCGAGGAGGAAGCCAACGGCGAUAUCCGCAGGCAUUUCAACGUUGCGCCGGGGAACUACCAGUUGGUGUAUCGGGCACUUCCAGGUGGUCCAGGGAAUACGCCAGAGGAAGCGUCGGAAGAUGCUACUCUUGGGGAGCCCGGAGUGGUGUACGUUCUUGAAUAUAUGAAAUGGGGUUUGUCCACGCCCGCCCAAGACAUCCUUGCUGAGCAAGGUAGCUUACCAUACGAGGCGAGAUAGGGUUAAUACCGUCGUGGAGUACCUCACCGCCGAAUUAUCCGGGUUUGUUGAAAACGAUAAAUUGUCGCUCCGACAGCCUUGCUGAGAAUAAACCACUCUGGAGCAUGAAGAAUAGUAAACGGUGUAUCGUCGUGGCGUUGGGUUUUUAUGAAUGGCUGCACAAAGGGAAGGAGAAGAUUCCGCAUUUUAUCAAGAGAAAGGAUGGGGAGAUGAUGCUUUUUGCGGGACUGUGGGACUGUGUACAGUAUGAAGGUAUGCACACGCCCUAGCUCGAAGACACCAAAAGCGUGGUGGUGGUAUUAAUGCCCAUGUGCAGGGAGUCGAGAGAAACUAUAUACAUACACAAUCAUCACUACCGAAUCCAACGAACAGCUAUCAUUCCUGCACGAGCGCAUGCCAGCCAUACUAGAACCAUGUCCACCUCCAACCCCCCCGCACCUCGCGUACAUAGCUAACUGAGUGACAACAGCCGAAGUCAUCCCAUGGCUAUCCCCAAAAACCAAAACCUGGAAUUCAACUCUCCAGUCCCUCCUGAAACCCUAUCAAGGCGCCCUAGAAGUUUACCCUGUUUCCAAAGACGUGGGAAAAGUUGCCCUUGAUUCCCCCAGUUUCAUCAUCCCGGUAGACUCAGCCGAGAACAAGUCCAACAUCAAAAACUUCUUCAUCACGCCAAAAAAGGACAUCAGGUCCGAGGCCAGGCCGAAGGAGGAGGAACCAAGAGAUGACGAUGACGUCGAAAUCACUGGAAGCGCUGUGAAGCUAGAAGCAUCCGAGGCCUCCCGCCCCCAAAGCUCGGCCCAGAAACCAGGGACUUUGAAAAAGCCAAUGAAAAGCUUCUUUGUGACGCCCAAGAAGGCAGCUCCUUCCCCGAGUCAAAAAUCCCGAAAGGGGGGGAAGGACGCUCCCGGAGCGAGCUUAACUCCUCAUAUCCCCUUCAAAACAGAAUCCCCCUCGUCCUCACAAUCCCCACUCCCAUCUCCCUCUGCAGGGGCCGCCUCCACAAAGAGAGAAAGGUUGGAAGGUGGGGAUGAAGAACUUGCCAGAAAGUUGGCAAGGCUAGAUCGACCAGAAGAGGAAGGCGACGAGGAGUUGGCCAGGAAAUUAGAGAUGGAGGAGCGGCUCUUGUCCAGUCCGUUGGGCCCCAGGACUAGGAGCUCGGUCGCGAAUACGCCGGUGAGCGUGAAGGCUGGGACGAAUAAGAAAGCCACGCCGGCGAAAGGGAGGGGAAAAGAUAAGGGAAGCCAGAAGAUUACAAGCUUUUUUGGGAAGUAGUUGUGCCUUUGUGGGAUUGUUCUGGGAGCGGCCACUUCCGGAGCGCAUAUAUGUGGGAAUUUAACGAUCCGAUGAUUGGCUGAGUGUUUUUUGUUUUCUCCGCGCUAUAAGUACAACAGUGUGGUUUGUCCGUUUGCACGAGGCGGUGUCAGGUUAUCAUUCUGGUGCUCGUGUUUAGCUUUUGGCCUUUUGCUUUUUGCUUUAUUAAUAGGGUGUUUUGUGUGUUGCUGGCAUUACUCGUAGUAUCUUUCACCAGAUUUCCUCUUUUAUCUCAUGACACUAUAGCAUUGGGCUUGCGUGUCUGGUAUCAUGGUUUACUAGUCUAUCCCAGGCGAUCUCGUGAGCAUCUGAGCAGUAUUUCAGGCAAGAUUCCAUAGUGCUACAGUCCAUUGCUUCCCCCGCACGUUUCUGUUACUGCCUUGUCUUGCGGAUCGACGGGUACAGGAGGG